GAUCAACAAGCAUUAGUCACACUAUCUUCAAUCGUUUAAUUACGUUAUUUAAGAUGCGUGAACACAAAAUCAAAACAAAAUCAAAAUCACUUUGCUCCACAAAAAAACAAGGAUUACAAAGCGUUUUAAUUCAGAUAUAGUGCAACUGCUGGAGUUUGGGUGUUGGCUGUUUAAAUAUGCGAAUAAACCCCAUGCCCAAUCAACGACAGGAACAGCAAGGUUAGAAUUGGUAAUCUCGUCACAACAACGAAGAGGAACUCUGGACCGUACAAGCAAGCAAAACACAGUGGAUGCUUUUAACAUUACAUGUCAUAUAUCACUUUGAUUCGUAACACUGAUGCAAUAGAUAACAUUGAAAAUAAAAUAAAUUCGCUCGCAGUUGGUUAAGCAAUCAAUUCGUUGUAUGGUCCAGUUGAUCUUCAUGAUGUCACCGACAUGGGUGAUGAUCAUGCAUACUCUCUCCCUACUCUAUUCGUUCUGGAUGUUGUUGCAAUUUCCAUGUAAAAUUAAUGUGAAUCAUAUUGUAAAUGCCUAUCAUAUCAGUGACAUUACGAACAAACCAUAUUGUUUCAGUAUAAGAUGUUAUACCUAUAUUUAAUUAUAAUUAAAUAGUAUUUUUUCGUUCGAUGCGUGUGAUACCGUGAUCCAUGACAUCUUCUACAAAAUAUUAUUCCCUUAAAAACAAAUAACUGUAGCAGUCUGAAGUGUAAAACUGAAUAGUGUCAAAAGCAGACUCAAGCGAUCGCUUCAUUCGUGUUCGGGAGUACGUGUACUUUUGCCUAUAUUUGGAGCAUGAAUUUAAUGCGUUUUCCAUUCAACUUUUACUUAUUAAGACAACUUGGCCCAGCACUUUCAGUUGAUGAAAGCUAUUCAAGCCCUAAUUGCACACAUAAUUGUCGUCAAUCGUCACUACUUAAUUGUUGCUGGCGUAAGAGUGUGUAAUGAGUAGCUUCUGCCUUGCAGCACAACGUUCAGAACCGAUACAGAUCUUACACAAUGCAUUCGUUACGAUCUGUUUCUUUAGUCUAAAUGUUAACACCCUGGAAAGAAUUAUCUGUAAAUAUGUAAGGCGACAGUAAAAACUUGUUUCAGAGUUUGGAUGUUAAUCACAGUAACAAUAGUACAGUGCUGCAGCGCGGACUCGCGGUAGAUCUUGAUCUACAUACACUGGUAGCGUUAAAUUCGAAAAAUAUUACAAAAAAAUCCGUUAAAAACAGUUUAACAGUUAUUGCAUAGUUAGCAAUUAAAUCAAUUAGGUUGAAUGGUGGCAACAAUACAGGACGAGCAAGAAUAAACAGCGACGAUGAGUUCCUUAUGGGUUGCUUUGCUAGUAUUUCUAGAGUAUGGUUGUAUCGGUCGAUUGUCCUGCAGUAACGACGAUAAUAGCGCGAGUCUUAAUCGACGGUGGCUAUCAGAUACGCGGCCCCGGUAUAGCUACAGUGCAUUUACAAUUCGUCGACACUCGAAUGAACUCUUGGCACCCGAUCAAUCGAUUCCUAAACCAAUAAGCCGCAGGCAACCCUACAUCGAUUACAAAGCAAUUUACGGUUUGCGAUACAACCCAGUAAAACCUGGCAACAGAACUAAAACGUACCCAGCAAACGUCACGAAAACACCUAUUAUCAAUCUACCACAACACCUGCUUAGCGGAUUAUUGACUGGGUCACAUUCUAAGCCGUCUAUCGGAUUGUUGAUGAAUAUGUUUAAUAUCGUUUCAUCUCCUAAGAUACCGUGCAUACCGGGAAACGGAUCAAAGCUCGUUGGCUUGACCGGUAUCUGCUUAAAUGAACAGGAAUGCCAACAGCAGCGAGGCAUCGCGAUGGACCUUUGCUCGCCGGUAUAUGGUGUUUGUUGCGUUUGUAAACCGUCAUUUUCUAUGUUUGCUCUCUUGAAUUUGUUCAUAACCCUGAUUAUGAUUAUUCGUUUGUUAAUUGUUGCAGUUCAAUAUGGUUGCAAUACUCAAACGGAGCAGAAUGUGAGUUUCUUUCACGCGUCUUUCACGUCGGAUGUAAUCUCAACGAUACCGUGCAGCUUCACCGUUACCAUAGAGCAAACUGUAAGGCAAGUGAUGCUAGAGUUCAUACUAUUCGAGUUGCAGCCAGCGCAGCACGGCAAUUGUCUGGACGAUAUUUUCGUCAUUUCAGUGCAGAACGACAAUCGGGCUUAUCCUCUACUUUGUGGCAUCAAUAGCGGUCAGCACAUAUACCUGGACAUCGAUACUACAUACUCACGCCAGAUAUAUCUUACCGCUCAUUUCAAUAGCAGAAAAUCACCGAGAGCAUUCUUGGUAAAGGUAACGCAGGUAGGUCGACCUAGCCAAACAAAUCCUUCAAUCAUCAAUACUACAACUUCAUUGUUGCUGUUACUACAGCUCAUUCAUCCUCAGGCUCCCUCUAGCUGUUUACAGUACUACAACGAGCUGCAUGGAGUGAUAAAGUCGUUCAAUUAUGAUAACCAUUCCACGGUAGUGCCCAAUAUCAAUCCCAGCUAUCUGAAUAAUUUGAAUUACGCCAUCUGCAUAGGAAGGCAUACACGGUUUUGUUCGAUUGUUUUCAACAACAAGGACGAUGAUAUGUUUCAAAUAAUUAAUGUAUCCCCAGAUGGAAGCAGCAUUGUGCCAGCAAAUCAGGCGGGAGUGGAAAUAUUGAACUGUCCGGAUGAUUUUAUUGCAAUAAACUAUCUUCGAUUGUGCGGUGACCGAUUGAAUGACGGUAGCAAGGAGCUGGAUUUUAGCUUGAAUUCUCCAGUUUUUCACACGAUUGCAGGUCCGGUCGUAGUAGCAGUUAAAACAGACCAAGCGAACGUUGGUCGGGGAUUUAAAUUGUCAUUCCAGCAAAACGUAUGCACACAUAGUUCAGCACAAAAACAUAUAGCAAAAUAAAAUAUUGUGUAGUUAUCAUUGUGUAUCAGGAGAGGAAAUAAAAUAGGGAGAA